AGUUUGCGGGAAAAUGUUGGACAUGCAACGAGCAGGAUGCUUUUAUUGUCGCAGCAGUUUCCUCAAAGUUUUGUUGGUGGUGUGGGUGCAUUGGAGAUGAAUGUGAAGAAGUAUCCGGGUAAACCCAUGUCACCGUAUGGAUUUACAAAUUCGGAUCCUUUAUGCUCCGGAAUUUGCUCGAAUCCACGAUUCAAGCGGCCUCCGGUAUUGGUCAUUAGCCUGGAUGGAUUUGCAUACGAAUACAUUGAACGAAAUGUUGUAAAAACAUUUAAUCGCUUCAAAAAGUGUGGCACUAGUGCUGAGUGGAUGUACUCAUCAUAUCCUUCGAAAACAUUUCCUAAUCACUAUACAAUGGUCACGGGUUUAUAUCCAGAAGCACAUGGCAUCAUUGAUAACAAUAUUUAUGAUCCUUCUAUAGCAGCAUAUUUGGUAGACGUAAGGAGAAAAAGCGAUUCGAGAUAUUAUAAAGGCGAACCAAUUUGGGUAACAGCUGCGAAACAUAACUUGAAAACAGCAUGUCUGUUUUGGGCGGGAUGCAGCAUCGAUUUCAACGCUGUUGGAAUGGUUGCUAUUGCCGGAACAUUUAAGGCCCUCGUUAUUGUUGGCAUAUUUUAG